AUGAGACCUCCAGUGCCAGAUGUUGCGCUGCCUCGAUCUCGCAAGGCCUCCAUCGAGCAGCAGUGGAUCGACCCCCGCAGUGCCGCCCCCGCGACCUUCUUUCUGUCCCGCAAUCACGGUCUCGACCACGAUGAUGACCUCUCCUCAGACGAGCCCGAUGCAUCCAGGACGAGUAUGUAUGGCGUACAGAGCCUUGAAGAAAGUAUCCUUCAGACUAGUCAGCCUGCGUCCGUGUCCCAGUCAGACCAGAUAGUCGGUAGUAAUCCUGCCGGAGUGGAACCGACUUCCACAGCAUCUCAAUUUCUCAACCGCGACGAUAAGGAGGACGAUGACGACCAGGGUUCCGGCCUCAACCGCCGCAGGUCAACGCUCAAGCCCCUUGAUACUCUUCAUUCCAACAGACUUGACGCUUCUAUUACCUCCGACCUGAUCUCUCCCCGGCCCUUCACCCCCUUGAAUCUCAGCAACCCGGACGACCCUUCAUCUCUCCCUAGCAGUCCCAAAUCUACUUCGAACCAAUCUAUGCGCCAUCUAGAUGAGAUCUCUAUCACAGAUGAUUUGAGUAGUCAGGCGGUUGCCUCCGGAGACGAGGACAAUGAUUCUCGAUCUGUCCACAACCCAGACCACGAUAGCACAUCCCAGUUCAUCAUGCCAAGCAUCAAGAUGCCUAGUCGGAGACCGUUCACAUCUCGUGGGAAGUCACUUGGAAGGUUUAAAAUACUCGUUGCGGGCGAUUCUGGCUCUGGGAAAUCAUCCCUCAUUAGGUCGAUCGUCCAGGCUUGCGAAGACAUUGUACAUGUAGAUGACUUUCCACCCACCGAUGCCUUGACACCGUCACGGACUUCUCUUACGACGAUUCAACUUUCUCAAGCCCAUCGACUACCGUUGUCAGCUACAUCAGAAAUCUACGCCAGCACCAAGCCCUACCCAUCUUGGUGGUCAGAUUUGGAAGAUUCACGCGUGCUGCGCCGUAGGAGAAGUACAGGUGAUGUGGUCUUAGAGCGAAAUAUUUGCUUCGUUGAUACCCCUGCAACCUCGCUGAGUCGCAUCGGACAAGUGGAUGCCAUCAUACAAUACAUACGUCAACAACUAUCCCGCGCAACAACAGCUAUUGAUUCCUGCGAUCACGACUUCCAAAAUUUGCUCGCAGGGCAGGGUGGCACCCAAGUUGAUGCCGUACUUUAUCUCGUUUCUGGUGACACCUUUGCGGCAGACAUGGAAUGCAUCAACACGCUAUGCGAAUGGACCAAUGUCAUUCCUCUAAUAUCCAAGGCUGACUUGUUGGCUCCUGAGCAGAUCUCUGCAAUUAAGUCGGGGUUCCACAAGCAUACACAAGCCACUCCGGCCAAGCCCUUCCUUUUUGGAAACGCAGGUCUUGGAGCAGAUGAUUUUGACGGACAAUUGCCUUUUGCGGUAUCAUCGGCAAAAACCAAUGAUGACGAUGUUAUGGAUGCCAGUACUUUGAUGAGCCCUGACUAUGUCCAACCCCUGGUGCCCUCUGAAUUGACCUUGCUGGUCCAGAGGUUGUUCGACGCCGAGAAUAUGACUUGGAUGCGGCACUCAGCUGCAAAGAAACUAGCCCAACAGCAACGAGCACAUCUCUGGCAACGCCCGAAUCGCCCCCAACCUAGUACACAACCAUUUUACCAUGGCUCAAGCCGGGGUUCUCCCAGCUACACUAUGGCUCGGAUAGCAGAUCACACGCGACAGGAGGAGAAAAUGGCCCGUUUGCAGUUGGCAAAGUGGGCAUCUGAGUUGCAACAAAGCCUUAAAAACGAACGCGAGAGAUACGCUGCCAUGGCCAGGGGUGAGCGUGCCGUCUGGCUCACAGAACGGUUAGGCGAGUGCGUAGUCGACGGGUCUUUGGUCCCCAUUACACAAACGCCAGGCUUUUGCGGACUCCGUGCUCCUUUGGAGAAAGCAAGCGGGGGCAGUCUACUUGUUCGAGCACAAAGUGGGCAGAAUGUGGAAUAUCACCUUGCCCGAAUUCGCCCGCAAGACCCUCUGGGACUUGUUUGGUUGUCCGAGGACCUUAAGCGGCGGGGCUGGGCCAUUGUUCAGAUUGUGGGCUCCUUUGGAGUUGUCGGGGGGCUGGCUCUUUGGCUUGCCAAAGCAUGGGGACUAUCCUCGCGCAGUCUGUCUGAAUGGCACUUUGACUGGUGCGGAUCGACUGAUUGA